UGGAGUGUUUUUUUUCUGAAGUGUUUACAGGCUGGUGACAAGAUGCCACAGAAGGGAAAACGCUCCCGCGCCCAAAAGCUGCGCUGGAGCAAGCCGGACCAGGCGACCCAGCCGGAGACGUCACCGCCAGCCCAGCCGUUCGGGACCCAGAGGGAUGGAGCCAGCCCCUCCCAGUCUCCUGCCCAGAAGAUGAAGAAGCUGUGGACCCCUCUGCCGAUCUCACCAUCCCACUCACCUUACCAGGCUGGAAGGGUGUCCCCCUCUGACUUCCGCCCAGGCCACGGUACGGGUCACCGCCAUCGGGUGCUGAAGUGGGAUAGGUCCACCUUCACUCCCCAUUUCCGGAAGUUGGUUGUCCCAGAGGAGUCACCUGACAAGAAGUUCGUCUUGCUUGUUGGUGACUCCCACCUUCGGCCCAUCGCGGACGGGUUGGUGGGACUGCCGGACCGACGUCUGUCCUGUGGCGUCCUGUCUGUCCCUGGGGCGUCGGCACUUGAGUUGCGUACUGAGGUGCUGAAUGCUGUACUGCCUCGCUCACCCGCGGCAGUCUGCAUUUUGGCACCCAGUAACGACUUGAGCGCCAGCGGGACCGUCACUCAGGCAGGGGUCGCGUUUGGUAAGCUCCUGCUGACUGCCUGUUCUACCUGGCCCAACGUGUGUGUUUUGGACUUCCCUCGCCGUCUCACCGUAGAGCUGGACCUCCAGGAGCUUCUAAGCCAGGAAUAUCACCGUGUGGCUGCACGUAUGGGUGUCAGGUACGUCUCUGCCACCCACUACUUUCCGCUGACACAACUGGACCUGUGGUGUCCUGACGGUGUCCAUCUCAGCAAGGAGGGCGGGAUGGAGAGGCUUGCGGAGUUGCUGUGGUGGACCCUCCACCACCAGCUGGAGCCCACAGUCCCGAGGGUCCAGACGCCUCCCAGGACGUCGCCUCCUGCCAGACGUGUCGUCCCGAGGACCCAGACAUCUCCCAGGACGUCGCCUCCUGCCAGACGUGUCGUCCCGAGGACCCAGACUUCUCCCAGGACGUCGCCUCCUGCCAGACGUGUCGUCCCGAGGACCCAGACUUCUCCCAGGACGUCGCCUCCUGCCAGACGUGUCUCACCAAAAGUGGUUGUGAAGGGCGUGGUCACCGCGCCACGUCCAUCCAGCCCUUUGGAGCAGACACGUGUUCUGUCUUCACAGGUGGACGUGGGGGUGGAUCCGAUCCCGCUAAAUCCUGUGUGGUUUAGUCCGGCGAUCCUGGAUGAGAUGGAGAAGGCCGUUCCGGCCCACCUUCCCAGCGCUGUGGAGUGCGCAGCUCGUCCGGACGGCAGGGAGAGGAGCUAA